UUUGCCUCUUAUGGUUAUCAUCCACAAGUCCUGGUGUGGAGCUUGCAAAGCUUUAAAGCCAAAGUUUGCUGAAUCCAAGGAGAUCUCUGAACUUGCCCAUAAUUUUGUUAUGGUCAACCUUGAGGAUGAUGAAGAGCCAAAGGAUGAAGCCUUUAGUCCUGAUGGAGGUUACAUUCCCAGAAUCCUUUUCAUGGACCCUAGUGGAAAAGUCCACCCAGAAAUCAUAAAUGAGAAAGGAAACCCCAGCUACAAGUAUUUCUAUACCAAUGCUGAUCAAGUUGUCCAAGGGAUGAAGGAGGCCCAGGAGAAGCUCACAGGUGAUGCUUUCAAACAAAAACACCUGGGAGAUGAACUAUAAUGAAUACACUGAAUGAUGCUUUUCAUCACUUCAAAACUCUAAAGGAAAUGAUUAAACAGACCACGAAUGUAGAUGCACUGGAGGGACAUAAUUCUCCUGUCAACAAUGUUAGGUUAAACCCUGUCUGGAGUUCACACACAUACAUCAGUUACAGUGUUAUCUCCUCCUCUGCCUGGCAGUUUGUACUGUAAUGGUUAUUUGCAAGUAGGUAAUGUGCAAACACAUCAGUUUGUGUGUUUGAGCAACCACUAAUAUUUGGUGUUAAAAGGGAAGUGUGUAGGGCAAAACAUUUGAGGACAAACAGUGUGAUUGGAGUAACUAGAAGUAGCCAUCAGUUUGACGCUUAAUCAGGGUUGGAUCCCCCUUUUUUCACUGGUAUUAUGUGAUCCCAUUGUUUUUACUGGGAAUUCCUAUGAAUGGGGCAUGUUCCUGGGCCAGGUGUUUUCUAGACAUCCCAAACCAUUAAUUCUGCCACUAAGCCAAGUAGAAUAAAUUUCAUGAAUGUCCAAGUAGCAUGUGAAAUUAUUAGCUCUGCAAACAUAUUUUUGUGUAAAACUGUGUGUGAUUCAUCUUUAUUUGCCUUUGGGCAGAAAUUUAACUUUUCCCUUGUGCACUCACCUUUUGAUUGUUCUAUCAAGUGAGGGUGGGUUAUGUUGAAGCUUUACGGGGGUUCCCCUUUUAUUCUUUGAAUGUUUUUUGGCGAAUGCCUUGCCAUCACAUUGUACUGUAUUUUUGUACCAGGGUGAAAAUUAAACCUUUUUAAACAUAAGCAUGGGGACAGUGUUUUGUGGUAAGGGGCAUAGCUUUCCAUUCUUAAGGAUGGGGAAAUAUAUUUUUGUUUGUAUUGCAGUGAUUAUUAAUGUUGAAUGUCACAGCUGAAGAAGAUUUCUCCUUUUUAUAAUUAAAAAACAACAGUUGCUUUUC